CGGAGUCGGGUGCGGCGGUGGCCGGGCCGGGCGAGGUCCGGUUCUGUCCCGGCAGCUUGGCGACUGUUCUGCUUUGAGCGCCUGGUGCGCCCCGCGUCCUCCCUGCCGGGGCCACCGGGCUGGGGAUGUGCGCGGCGCCCCGGAGCCAUGGUCCGCUUCGGGGACGAGCUGGGCGGCCGCUAUGGGGGCGCCGGCAGCGGGGAGAGGGCGCGGGGCGGCGGGGCCGGCGGGGCGGGUGGCCCGGGCCCCGGAGGGCUACAGCCGGGCCAGCGGGUCCUCUACAAGCAGUCCAUUGCGCAGCGCGCACGGACCAUGGCGCUGUACAAUCCCAUCCCGGUCAAGCAGAACUGCUUCACCGUCAAUCGCUCGCUCUUCGUCUUCAGCGAGGACAACGUCGUCCGCAAAUACGCCAAGCGCAUCACCGAGUGGCCUCCCUUUGAGUACAUGAUUCUGGCCACCAUCAUCGCCAACUGCAUCGUGCUGGCCCUGGAGCAGCAUCUCCCUGACGGAGACAAGACGCCCAUGUCGGAGCGCCUGGAUGACACAGAGCCCUAUUUCAUCGGCAUCUUUUGCUUUGAGGCGGGGAUCAAGAUCAUCGCGCUCGGCUUUGCUUUCCACAAGGGCUCCUACCUGCGGAAUGGCUGGAACGUCAUGGACUUCGUGGUGGUCCUCACAGGGAUCCUUGCCACAGCUGGAACUGACUUCGACCUGCGAACACUGAGGGCUGUGCGCGUGCUGAGGCCUCUGAAGCUGGUAUCAGGGAUUCCAAGUUUGCAGGUGGUGCUCAAGUCCAUCAUGAAGGCCAUGGUUCCACUGCUGCAGAUUGGGUUGCUACUCUUCUUUGCCAUCCUCAUGUUUGCCAUCAUUGGCCUCGAGUUCUACAUGGGAAAAUUCCACAAGGCCUGUUUCCCCAACAGCUCAGAUGCAGAUCCUGUGGGUGACUUCCCCUGUGGCAAGGAGGCCCCUGCCCGGCUGUGUGAGGGUGACACCGAGUGCCGGGAGUAUUGGCCAGGACCCAACUUUGGUAUCACCAACUUUGAUAACAUCCUGUUUGCCAUCUUGACAGUGUUCCAGUGUAUCACCAUGGAGGGCUGGACUGACAUCCUCUACAAUACAAAUGAUGCAGCUGGAAACACCUGGAACUGGCUCUACUUCAUCCCCCUCAUCAUCAUCGGCUCCUUCUUCAUGCUCAACCUUGUGCUGGGUGUGCUCUCAGGGGAGUUCGCCAAGGAGCGAGAGAGGGUGGAGAACCGCCGUGCCUUCCUGAAGCUCCGCCGGCAGCAGCAGAUAGAGCGGGAGCUCAAUGGGUACCUGGAGUGGAUCUUCAAGGCUGAGGAAGUCAUGCUGGCAGAGGAGGACAAGAAUGCAGAGGAGAAGUCUCCUUUGGAUGCCGUGUUGAAGAGAGCCGCCACCAAGAAGAGCCGCCACGACCUGAUCCACGCUGAGGAGGGGGAGGACCGGCUUGCAGACCUCUGUGCCGUGGGGUCCCCCUUUGCCCGUGCCAGCCUCAAAAGUGGGAAGACAGAGAGUUCAUCGUAUUUCCGGAGGAAGGAGAAGAUGUUCCGGUUCUUCAUCCGGCGCAUGGUGAAGGCGCAAAGCUUCUACUGGGUGGUGCUGUGUGUGGUGGCUCUGAACACACUCUGUGUGGCCAUGGUGCACUACAACCAGCCGCAGCGGCUCACCACAGCUCUGUACUUUGCAGAGUUUGUUUUCCUGGGUCUCUUCCUCACAGAGAUGUCCCUGAAGAUGUAUGGCCUGGGGCCCAGAAGCUACUUCCGGUCCUCCUUCAACUGCUUCGACUUUGGGGUCAUUGUGGGGAGCAUCUUUGAAGUGGUCUGGGCUGCCAUAAAACCAGGAACCUCCUUUGGGAUCAGCGUGCUGAGGGCCCUCCGCUUGCUGCGGAUCUUCAAGGUCACAAAGUACUGGAACUCCCUGAGGAACUUGGUGGUGUCUCUGCUCAACUCCAUGAAGUCCAUCAUCAGCCUCCUCUUUCUGCUCUUCCUGUUCAUUGUGGUCUUUGCUCUCCUAGGGAUGCAGCUGUUUGGGGGACAGUUUAACUUCAAAGAUGAGACUCCAACGACCAACUUCGACACCUUUCCUGCUGCCAUCCUCACGGUCUUCCAGAUCCUAACAGGAGAGGACUGGAAUGCAGUGAUGUAUCAUGGGAUAGAAUCUCAAGGUGGAGUGAGCAAAGGCAUGUUCUCCUCCUUUUACUUCAUCGUCCUGACGCUGUUUGGAAACUACACCUUGCUGAAUGUCUUCCUGGCCAUCGCUGUGGACAACCUUGCCAAUGCCCAGGAGCUGACCAAGGAUGAAGAGGAGAUGGAAGAAGCAGCCAAUCAGAAGCUGGCUCUGCAGAAAGCCAAGGAAGUGGCUGAAGUCAGCCCCAUGUCUGCUGCCAACAUCUCCAUUGCUGCUUUUGUAAAGCGAACUCGAGGUACUGUGUCUCGCAGCUCAUCUGUCUCCAGCGUAGAUUCACCCAGGCAGCAGAACUCGGCCAAGGCUCGCUCGGUGUGGGAGCAGCGGGCCAGCCAGCUUCGGCUGCAGAACCUGCGGGCCAGCUGUGAGGCGCUGUACAGUGAGAUGGACCCGGAAGAGCGAAUGCGCUAUGCAACCACACGCCACCUAAGACCAGACAUGAAGACGCACUUGGACCGGCCUCUGGUGGUGGAGCCACCAGGGCGGGAUGGCCCACGGGGUCCCAUGGGGGGCAAAGCCCGACCCGAAGGCACUGAGGUCACCGAGGGUGUAGACCCACCACGACGGCACCACCGACAUCGUGACAGGGACAAAGUUCAGGCUGUGGUCCCCGCAGUGGGUGAACAGGACAGGGCUGAUGCUGUGAAGGCGGAGAGUGUGGACCCUGGAGCACGGGAGGAGCGGGCACGUCCACACCGCAGUCGCAGCAAGGACGCGGCAGGUGCGCUGGAGUCCCGGAGCGAGCGCAGCAGGGGCCCGGGCCCUGAGGGCGGACGACGGCACCACCGGCGGGGCUCUCCGGAGGAGGCUGCUGAGCGCGAGCCCCGGCGCCACCGUGCUCACCGGCACGGUCCAGAACAGGGCAAGGAAGGUGUUGCACCUACUGCCAAGAGCGAGAGGCGCUUGCGGCACCGGGGGCCCCGGGCCGGUUCCAGGGAGGCAGAGAGUGGUGAGGAGCCUAUGCGACGGCACCGGGCGCGGCACAAGGUGCCGUCUGUUCAGGAGCCCACUGAAAAGGAGGCCACAGAGAAGGAGGCUGCAGAGAAGGAGGGCGAGAUGGUGGAGGCGGACAAGGAGAUACGGAACCACCAUCCCAAGGAGCCUCACUGUGGCCUGGAGGCCAGUGGGGUGAUGGGCAUAGCCCCUGUGCAUGUGCUGCCCAGCACUUGUCUCCAGAAGGUGGAGGAACAGCCAGAAGAUGCAGACAAUCAGAGAAAUGUCACUCGGAUGGGCAUCGAAUCCUCAGACCCGAGCAGCACCUUACAUGUCCCAGUGACACUGGCAGGCCCUCCUGGGGAGACCACAGUUGCUCCCAGUGGUAACCUGGACCUGGAGAGCCAAGCAGAGGGGAAGAAGGAGGCAGAAGCUGAUGAUAUGCUGAGGAGUGGCCCCCGGCCCAUCGUCCCGUACAGCUCCAUGUUCUGUCUAAGCCCCACUAACCUGCUUCGCCGCUUCUGUCAUUACAUCGUCACUAUGCGGUACUUUGAAAUGGUCAUUCUUGUGGUCAUUGCCCUGAGCAGCAUCGCCUUGGCUGCUGAGGAUCCUGUGCGGACAGACUCUUCCAGGAACAAUGCUCUGAAGUACAUGGAUUACAUCUUCACAGGUGUCUUUACCUUUGAGAUGGUGAUGAAGAUGAUUGACUUAGGACUGCUGCUGCACCCUGGAGCCUACUUUCGGGACCUGUGGAACAUUUUGGAUUUCAUUGUGGUCAGUGGGGCCCUGGUGGCAUUUGCCUUCUCGAGCUUCAUGGGAGGAUCCAAAGGGAAAGACAUCAACACCAUCAAGUCCCUGAGAGUUCUUCGCGUUCUGCGGCCCCUCAAGACCAUCAAACGACUGCCUAAGCUCAAGGCUGUGUUUGACUGUGUGGUGAACUCCCUGAAGAAUGUGCUGAACAUCCUGAUUGUCUACAUGCUCUUCAUGUUCAUAUUUGCCGUCAUUGCAGUACAGCUCUUCAAAGGGAAGUUUUUCUACUGCACUGAUGAAUCCAAGGAGCUGGAGAGGGACUGCAGGGGUCAGUAUUUGGAUUAUGAAAAGGAGGAAGUGGAAGCUCAACCAAGGCAGUGGAAGAAAUACGACUUCCACUAUGACAACGUGCUCUGGGCCCUGCUCACACUCUUCACGGUGUCCACCGGAGAAGGCUGGCCCAUGGUGCUGAAACACUCCGUGGAUGCCACCUAUGAAGAGCAGGGUCCAAGCCCUGGGUUUCGCAUGGAGCUAUCCAUCUUCUAUGUGGUCUACUUUGUGGUAUUCCCCUUCUUUUUUGUCAACAUCUUUGUGGCCUUGAUCAUCAUCACCUUCCAGGAGCAGGGGGACAAGGUGAUGUCUGAAUGCAGCCUGGAGAAGAAUGAGAGGGCCUGCAUUGACUUUGCCAUCAGCGCCAAGCCCCUGACACGGUAUAUGCCCCAAAACAAGCAGUCGUUCCAGUAUAAGACAUGGACGUUUGUGGUCUCCCCCCCCUUCGAGUACUUCAUCAUGGCCAUGAUAGCCCUCAACACAGUAGUGCUGAUGAUGAAGUUCUACGAUGCGCCUUAUGAGUAUGAGCUGAUGCUGAAGUGCCUGAACAUGGUAUUCACCUCCAUGUUCUCCCUGGAGUGUGUGCUGAAGAUCAUCGCUUUUGGGGUGCUGAACUAUUUCAGAGAUGCCUGGAAUGUCUUUGACUUUGUCACUGUGUUGGGAAGUAUUACUGAUAUUUUGGUAACAGAGAUUGCGGAAACGAACAACUUCAUCAACCUCAGCUUCCUUCGCCUCUUCAGAGCUGCGCGGCUCGUCAAGCUGCUGCGCCAGGGCUACACCAUCCGCAUCCUGCUGUGGACCUUCGUCCAGUCCUUCAAGGCGCUGCCCUAUGUGUGCCUCCUCAUUGCCAUGCUGUUCUUCAUCUACGCCAUCAUCGGCAUGCAGGUGUUUGGAAACAUUGCCUUGGACGACGACACCAGCAUCAACCGGCACAAUAACUUCCGCACAUUCUUACAAGCCCUGAUGCUGUUGUUCAGGAGUGCCACGGGGGAGGCCUGGCAUGAAAUCAUGCUGUCUUGUCUGAGCAACCGGGCCUGUGACCCAGAUGCCAAUGCCAGUGAGUGUGGGAGUGACUUUGCCUACUUCUACUUCGUGUCCUUCAUCUUCCUUUGCUCCUUCCUGAUGUUAAAUCUAUUUGUGGCUGUGAUCAUGGACAACUUUGAGUACCUAACUCGAGACUCUUCCAUCCUUGGGCCUCACCACCUGGACGAGUUCAUCCGGGUCUGGGCUGAGUACGACCCAGCUGCGUGUGGGCGCAUCAGUUACAAUGACAUGUUUGAGAUGCUGAAGCACAUGUCCCCGCCUCUGGGGCUGGGGAAGAAGUGCCCUGCUCGAGUUGCAUACAAGCGCCUGGUUCGCAUGAACAUGCCCAUCUCCAGUGAGGACAUGACUGUGCACUUCACAUCCACGCUGAUGGCCCUCAUUCGAACUGCACUGGAGAUCAAGCUGGCCCCAGCUGGGGCAAAGCAGCACCAGUGUGACGCAGAGCUGAGGAAGGAGAUCUCCUCUGUUUGGGCCAAUCUGCCCCAGAAGACCUUGGACUUGCUGGUGCCACCUCACAAGCCUGAUGAGAUGACGGUGGGGAAAGUCUAUGCAGCGCUGAUGAUAUUCGACUUCUACAAACAGAACAAAACCACAAGAGAUCAGAUUCACCAAGCUCCAGGAGGCUUAUCCCAGAUGGGCCCGGUGUCCCUGUUCCACCCUCUGAAGGCCACCCUGGAGCAGACGCAGCCAGCUGUACUCCGAGGAGCUCGGGUUUUCCUUCGGCAGAAGAGCUCUACGUCCCUCAGCAAUGGUGGGGCCAUACAAACUCAAGAGAGUGGCAUCAAGGAGUCCGUGUCCUGGGGCACUCAGAGGACCCAGGAUGCACUUUAUGAGGCUAGGGCACCCCUGGAACGUGGCCACUCAGCAGAGAUCCCUGUGGGGCAGCCAGGAACACUGGCUGCGGAUGUACAGAUGCAGAACAUGGCACUGAGGGGUCCUGAUGGGGAGCCCCAACCUGGGCUGGAGAGCCAGGGCCGGGCUGCCUCCAUGCCCCGCCUGGCAGCAGAAACACAGCCAGCCCCAGAUGCCAGCCCCAUGAAGCGCUCCAUCUCCACGUUGGCCCAGCGCUCACACGGGGGCCACCUCUGCAACACCACCCUGGACCGCCCUCCCCCCAGCCAGGCACCACAUCACCACCACCAUCGCUGCCACCGCCGUAGGGACAAGAAGCAGAGGUCCCUGGAGAAGGGGUCCAGCCAGCAUGCCGACACAGAUGGCGCACCAAACAGCGCUGCAGGGCCCAGCCUGCCCCCAGGAGAGGGGCCCACAGGCUGCCGGCGGGAACGGGAACGCAAGCAGGAGCGAGGCCGGUCCCAGGAGAGGAGGCAGCCCUCGUCCUCUUCCUCAGAGAAGCAGCGCUUCUACUCCUGUGACCGCUUUGGAGGCCGUGAGCACCCUCAGCCCAAGCCCUCCCUCAGCAGCCACCCCACGUCCCCAACAGCAGGGGAGCCGGGACCCCCACCACAGGGUAGUGGUUCAAUUAACGGGAGCCCCUUGCUGUCAACAUCUGGUGCUAGCACCCCGGGCCGAGGUGGGCGGAGGCAGCUCCCCCAGACACCCCUGACUCCCCGCCCCAGCAUCACCUACAAGACGGCCAACUCCUCCCCUGUCCACUUUGCUGGGGCUCAGAGUGGCCUCCCGGCCUUCUCCCCAGGCCGGCUCAGCCGUGGGCUUUCUGAACACAAUGCUUUGCUCCAGAGAGACCCCCUGAGCCAGCCCCUGGCUCCAGGCUCUCGCAUCAGCUCUGACCCUUACCUGGGGCAGCGCAUGGACAGCGAGGCCUCUGCCCACACCCUGCCUGAGGACACACUCACCUUUGAGGAGGCCGUGGCCACCAACUCAGGCCGCUCCUCCAGGACUUCCUAUGUGUCUUCCCUGACCUCUCAGUCCCACCCUCUCCGCCGUGUGCCCAACGGCUACCACUGCACUCUGGGACUCGGCACUGGCAGCCGGGCGCGGCACAGCUACCACCACCCAGACCAAGACCACUGGUGCUAGCUGCACGGAGACCAUGCGCCUCAAUGUGGCAGGCACCUGCGGGUUCCCGUUGAUGAGUUUUAUCAUCCAUGCUGGGCUUCAGGGCCGCAGCCCUAGGAGGAGGGGCCCGCCAUGCACCUCCUUGGUGGAGGCUCCCGUUCCUCUCUCCUUCUUCCUCUUUUACACUGGAUGGACUAAUAAAGCCCUUCUUAGAGGGACAUGGCUCUCUAACCCCUCGUGUUCUGCCUCCCUGGGUCUCAUGCCACACGUCAGAGCCUAAGCAGGGCAUGGCUGAGCUGAGACAGACCUGAUGGGUCCAAAUCCCAGGUCUUGGCCUCCAGCAUCCAGAGCAGGUGCCCAGAACCUCGUUGAGGAGGCCUGAGUCUCGUGGGGAGCACUCACAUCCCAAUGUGUGCUGGCGGGCCGGGCACGCCUGAGAGCGUGGAAAGAGCCCAGCUGUGGCCGGCAGCAGGCCUCCUGCUCACACACUGCUGUUGCUCUUGCCACUGAACCGCAGAUGGCGUAGAGUCACACUCUUAUCUGUCCCUGGACUCUGCUGCCCCGAAGGGACUAAGUCUGGAGAAUGCUCUUGCUGUCGGCUUCUGGUUGCAGCACCCUUCACUGUCAUUUCUGUAUACUUGAUCUGGAACAUAGAAAAGCAGGGGAGGAAAUGUUGACUUUAAAAACCAACCUGUAGGAAGGUCUCCACUGCUAUGUGCUCCUGUGUGGACUCCCCAGCUCGGUCCUUCCCCGGCCGCCCUGGCUCUACCGCUCGACCAAGUGCCUGACCUCUGGCUCCUGGCAUCACACGCUGGGCGAGUCCUCUGAACCAUCGGGUGGAUUGUGUGAAAACUGCUCAUAGUGGCCAACAGGUAGAAAGCUGGUAGCCCUGGACGACAGCAGCACAUCACAAUUGGUGACAGGUGACUGCCCUGUGAACCUCCCGCAGUGAGGAGGUUCUAGGAAGCCGCAGAGCUGCAGGGCAUGUGCUUGAGUGAGGCACUUUCAGUCUGUUCUAUGUCUGAUUCUCAGGGACGGAUGCCUGCCAAGGAGGGCGUGAUCUCUGUGUGUGAAGUGUUCACCGAAGGCUGAGGAGAUUGAAGGGCCCGUGGGGAGGGGAGACUUGACCGAGGGCUGUGUGUCGGGCCAUCAGGCAGGAGGGAGCAGGUUGCCGGAGGGGACUGGCAGGGGAGAAGUGACUCCUGGGCUGAGGCUGGGUGUGCAAGCCCAGCAGGGGUCCCAACCCAAACAAAACCUGACCUCAUGGCCGCUCUCCAAAGAGAAAGUGGCUCACCACUGGGCAUGUGUGGGUGAGUCCGUGGCCGUGUCCUCCGUGUCUUGAAACUUCAGAGGACCUCUCUGGGACUUUUGGAUCCUACCCCAUGAGUCUCCUCAAAGAAGCUUUGUGGGUGUGUGUGCGUGUGUGCUCACAGGUGACGGGCGUGUGCAGGUGUGUCACUGAGUGGUGUCGACAACCAUAGGGCUAUGCAACAAAAGACACAUUCAAUAGAAACAAACACACAGGCCCACCGCCUGGUCUGGGGUUUCAGCAUGAUUGUGACCAAACCUUUUUAUAGAAUUUCCUUAUGUGAAGGCACAACACUCUGAAACUUAACAAUUAGCAGAAUAUUUUAUUCCAAUAGGAUAAAAUUAAGCAGGAAUCUUGGACUGUGCAUGUGACUCUGCACUUGUGUGGCAAGUAGAGGGCUGUGCAUUUUGAUACUGGUGUUUGUCUCUGUUCCUGCCCUAGCCCGUGUUCUUGGGUGCCGAAUGCACACAUUCCAUGUAGAACCACAGCUGUCUCUCUGGGCAGUCCUGGGUCAAGAGCCCUCUUUUCUAGACCCACACAACCUAGCUGGCUGGCCUGGAUCCUUCUAGGCAUUGGCAUUCAUGGCAGUUGCAAGGUGGGGGAAGGGGACAUCAGGGCUUGCCUUUUUGACUUCGGGUUUGUUUCUGUACUGUCUCUUUUCAAGCUAUCGUCUGUUUCCCUUGAAGUCUUACAGUGAGUUGCCAAAUUUGAAAUGCAUCAGCCAGCUGUCUGCAUCUGGAACCUGUCAAGCAGCGGCUGACCUUGAACAAGUCAUGUGUGCAUGUAGAAUAUACACAUAUAUAUGUUAUUCCAGUAUGUGCAUGAAGUGUAUAUCUUCCUACUUUUUGAUACAAUGUACUCAUUUGUUAAUUUUUAAUUAUAUUUGAUAUAAAUUGAAGGUUUGUUGCAAAACUUUAUAUUUAACAACAGUGUUAGAGAGAGAGAGAGAGAGAGAGAGAGAGAGAGAGAGAGAGAGAGAGAGA